AACUAUACUAUAUUUAUGUUAUUUAAUGAUUUCAAGAUGGCACAAAAAUCAGCUGGUGGUCGUGAUACUCGUUUUCUGCGUGAUGAGAUCCGCCAACUGGAAAAACAAUUAGAGCAAAAAGAGAGACGGUUGACAGAUACAGAAAAAGAACUGGAAAAAGAGAAGAAAGUGAAUGAACAGCUUGCUCUUCGAAAUGAAGAUACUGAAAAUGAAAACAUCAAAUUAAGGAGAGAGAAUGAACAGUUGCGUCAGGAUGUGGUUGACUAUCAGAGGCAAAUAGAUUCUCAAAAAGAAACAAUUCUGUCGCGAAGAGGAGAGGAUUCUGAUUACAGGUCACAGUUGUCCAAAAAGAACUUUGAGCUUGUCCAGUAUUUGGAUGAAAUUCAGAAUUUGACAGAAGCUAAUGAGAAGUUAGAUAUUCAAAACCAAGAAAUGAGGAAGAAUCUUGAGGAAUCAGUGCAAGAAAUGGAGAAGAUGACUGAUGAAUAUAACAAAAUGAAAGUAAUUGUGCAGCAGUCUGAUAUUGUUAUGGAUCAGUUAAAAAAAGAGAAAGAACAGUACAAAUUGCAAGUUCGAGAGCUUUCAGACCAGCUGAAAGCCAAAAAUGAGGAAGAUGAUCCGCUCAUAGCAGCUGUAAAUGCAAAAGUUGAAGAAUGGAAGAAAAUCUUAGCUUCAAAAGAUGAUGAACUCCUAGAACAUCAGCAAAUGUUAUUUGACUUGAAAGAGAAAAUGAAAAUGGCCCAACUUGAUGUUGACAGAAACAAUAUAUUGGCCCUUCAGCAG